AUGAGCGGGACCUGCAACGCUCGUUUCCGAGGCGGUUCCGGCAAGGCUAGCAGUGGUCCUCAGAAGAGCCCAACUGGUUCUACCGCCAGUCAGCCUCCUCCUCCAGAGCUACCAGCCCAAGGGAACCAGUCUGCAGCAAGCCUGGCCCCUAAGGUUCCUCCUCUGCCCAGCUCCCCUUCGUUUUCCCAGACCAUUGGCAUGGAUGAAUCCAACGGCGUCAUGAGCGGUGACGAUCUCAUCUCAUCCUAUCACCUUCCUCGGCCUCUUCCUCUGUGGCUCAACGCCCAGUACGCCAAACACAUUGUCAAGGGUAACUUUAUGACGUUGAGCGCACGACCUAAAACCGUCGAGCAAGGUGAAUGGAUCGCUCAUCAGGUUAUCGAACACUACCGUAAUCUCUGGAACUUCGUCCGCGUUCUGCAUGAGAAGGAAGAUGAUGGCACAUCCAUUUGCAACUCGACCAGCUGCCCACGUAUGUCAGCUGGAACUAACCACUCUUUCACCUGGCUCAACCGAAACAGGGAGCCUGUUGAGCUCCCUGCUCACGAGUACAUGACUCUCAUGCAGCGAUGGAUCUCUGGAAAGGUCGACGACACCAACAUCUUCCCAACUGACCCCUCUGGUGUUUCGUACGCCCACAACCCUUCCAUCACCACCACACCUUUGUCACAGCUCUCGAGCCCCGGCGAGCCCGAGUAUAUCGGCAAGCGAUCAGGUUUCCCCGACAAGUUUGUCGACAUCUGCCAGAUGAUUUUCCGACAAAUGUUCCGAGUCUACGCUCACCUUUACUGGGCUCACUUCUCCGAGCCCUUCUACCACCUCAACUUGGAGAAGCAGCUCAACAGUUGCUUUUCCCAUUUCGUCCUGACUGCUACCGCCCUGGAUAUGCUCAAGCCCGCCGAGCUGGAGCCCAUGCAGCCUCUGAUCGAUCUCUGGGCCGCCAAUGGAACCUUCCCUCCCGAGUCCAAGGCAUACGAGUAUGCCAACAUCCGAGCCGGAGAACGCCUCCUGCAGCUCUCCACAGCCCCUCAAUAA